CAUCGUGACCACGCCGUCCUUCUCGCCUUUCAAACACCUUCUCUUCCCUCCCCCAUCUCCCUUUUCUGACACAAGCAUGAGGCCAUUUGCUGCUGUAUUUCUCCGCUCAGCGGCAAGGCGUUGCCAAAGCAUCGCGAGCUCCCCAGCCGCUUCAGCUCGUCUGGCUCCUAACGCUCGCCUUGCUCCUCCUCUGUCCUCUUCCUCCUCUCCGCUGCCUCGCUGCUUCUCGACCACUCGAACAACAUGCGCAGACUCCAGCGCUCGCAAGACGGUAUUGCACGACUAUCACGUCCAACAAGGCGGCAAGAUGGUAUCUUUCGGCGGGUACUCGAUGCCCCUGACCUACUCCUCCCUCAGCCAAGUAGCCUCCCACCACCACACCCGCAGCCAGGCCAGCCUAUUCGAUGUGUCUCACAUGGUGCAACACCACUUCGAGGGCCCAGGAGCAGCAGACUUCCUCAAGUGGCUCACGCCAAGCAGCUUGAAGAAACUACCCGACCAUCAAGGAACUCUCAGCGUGUUGUUGAACUUUGGGGGAGGGAUCUUGGAUGAUACCGUUAUCACAAAGAUUAGCGACGAGAAGUACUAUGUGGUCACGAACGCGGGUAGGCGUGAGGAGGACCUCAAGUGGCUCCAAGAGAGGCUGGCCGACUGGCGCGGUGAGAAGAAGGGGGGUGAGGUCAAGCAUACCGUCCUCGAGAACCAGGGGCUCGUAGCGCUUCAAGGCCCGAAGGCGGCAGAGGUUUUGGCCCAGCAUACGGACGUGGAGCUCAGCAAGCUCACUUUCGGCAAGACUGCCUACGCAACAGUGGCUGGCGUGCCAGACUGUCACAUUGCGAGGGGCGGUUACACGGGCGAGGAUGGCUUUGAGAUCUCUAUCGCGCCGGAGCAGACGGUCAAGGUUACCGAGGCGCUCGUCGGCACGAAGCCUACUGCAUUGGCUGGACUCGCUGCGAGGGAUAGCUUGAGGCUCGAGGCAGGGAUGUGCCUGUACGGGCACGACUUGGACGAGACGACCACUCCGAGUGAGGGUGGUUUGGCUUGGGUUGUCAGCAAGGAUCGCCGCACCUCCGCCGACUUCAUCGGCGCCGAACGAGUGCUCAAGGACAUCAAGGAAGGCCCACAACGACGUCGAGUCGGCCUCGUAGUGGAUGGGGCUCCAGCUCGUGAGGGAGCCAAGCUCUUCGCAGCGACCGAGUCUCGCGAACAGGUAGGUGUGGUCACAUCGGGCAUCCCGUCGCCCACCCUGGGCAAGAACAUCGCCAUGGCGUACGUGGCCAAUGGGCUGCACAAGAAGGGUACGGAAUUGGAGGUCGAAGUUAGGGGCAAGCGGAGGCUUGCCGUGGUUGAGAAGAUGCCGUUUGUUGAGAACAAGUUUUACAGAGGAUGAAAUGGCAAUACUAUUCAACGAGA